AUGGCUGGACUCUCAUACCUCGCGGGUAAGGUGGCUAUUGUCACAGGUGCCGGUAGUGGCAUAGGAAAAGUCAUUGCACACUCGUUCGCCAAAGCCGGGGCGAGUGUUGUCGUCGCAGAGAUGAACGAGCAAAAUGGCGAGCAAACAGCGAAGGAGCUUUUACAAGCCAAGCAUCGCGCCCACUUCGUCAAAACCAAUGUGACAGACUCGGAGAGUGUCCGGAAAAUGGUCGCGGAGACCGUCAGUACUUUCGGAAAAUUGGAUAUUGCUAUCAACAACGCUGCUGUCCCACCCGACUCCCGCAAGAUAUCCGACCUCGACGAGAAGGAAUGGUCCAAGAGAAUCGACACCAACCUGUCUGGAGUAGCCUUUUCUCUCAAAUGGCAGCUACAACAAAUGAUCAGGCAAGGGAAUGGUGGAUCCAUUGUCAAUAUGUCCUCUAUUACUGCUAUUCGCCCAGUCGCUCAACUUCCUGCAUAUUCUACUGCGAAACAAGGCGUCGUGACGCUGACCAAAAUUGCGGCACUCGAAAAUGGUUGCCACGGGAUUAGGGUCAACGCUAUUGCACCGGGUGCCACUAGAACUCAGAUGCUCACAGACGCACUGAAACUGAUGAACUUGGAAGAAGAUGCCUAUGCUGCGGAGGCUUAUCUUCUCAAACGUGUUGCUACGCCGGAGGAGAUUGCUGAUGCCGCAGGUUGGUUAGCGUCGGAUCAAUGUUCCUAUAUUACUGGAGUCACAGUUCCAGUGGAUGGUGGGUUCUCUAUCAUGUGA